GGACGCGGACAUGAUGCAGGGAUGAUAAAAGUGCCUUCUCGUGCGUUAUUAAGUUUAUUUUAAUGCCCACGAGGGAAACCCGCGUUCAUUGUUGAUCAACAUGUGUUGUAUGAAGUACAUGGAGUAUUCAAACAGCUUGGAGAGAACUGAAGCUUCCUGAACUCCUCCAGGCUCAGAAGUGCUGGAGCCUUUUCAUCCGUUUCAUCCUCUUCCACAUCGAUUGUGACACCAAACUCCCCUCUCCCUCAGCUGAGGGAGCACCUGCCAUACUAUUGCUGUCCAGCACACUAAAGCAGACUGUUGGAAUGGCCACUAAACCUCAUCCGCCUCUGAUGAAGAAACACAGUCAGACCGAUCUGGUAAGCCGACUCAAGACACGCAAAAUCCUGGGUGUCGGAGGAGAGGAUGAUGAUGGAGAGGUGCACAGGUCAAAGAUCAGUCAGAUGCUGGGCAAUGAGAUCAAGUUUGCGGUUAGAGAGCCUGUGGGACUGAGGUUAUGGAUUCUCUUCUCCGCCGUGGUUUUCACAGUCAUGGCGCUUAUGGCCCUAGCCUUCCCUAACCAGCUGUAUGAGGUUGUAUUUGAUCAAGAGCAAACAGUCACCAGUGUCUCCAUACGUCUUUAUGGAGGAGCCAUUCUCAGUCUGUCACUGAUCAUGUGGAAUGGGCUGUACACUGCAGAGAAGGUCAUCAUCCAGUGGACAUUGCUCAGCGAGGCCUGCUACUUUGCCAUCCAGUUUUUAGUGACCUCCGUCACUCUGGUGGAGCUGGGCUCUCUUCCAAACGCUGCCAUCCUCCUUCUCCUCAGCCGCAUAUUCUUCCUCACCGUCACGCUCUCCUACUACUACCAUCUGGGACGCAGGCCCAAAAAGAUCUGAGAGGCAGCUUUCCACACAGCUGGUACUUGGGGAGUUGAGUUGAGGCCACUGGGCUGGAGUUUCCAUUAGAGGCUUCGAACAGUAAAAACACGGUUAGAAAACAUCAACCUGUUCACCUGGUGGACGACGCCGACCCCAACGCCUUCAUUUUUAUUUCAGCUUACACAGAAUACGGGACCUUGCCUUCAGAGCAACUCCAUCUCUACUCUUUGUUUCCUAUUUUUUUAUGCUCAUGAUGUGGUUAAAUUAUUUAGAUCUUUCUUUCAGACAGUGUAGCUCUUCUCUUUUUCAUGUAAAGUAUUGAACGCCGUAGCCAAGCUGGGCGUAGUUGUCUGUAGCUAACAAAACUCUGUCAUUUUCCUGUAAUGCCAAUAAAUUAGUCAUGUGACGUGCGUGAGUUUGGCUAGAAAACACUAGGAUUGUGUUUUUGGUGUUGGUCAUUCUGUGUUUGACCAGUUAAUUGCCCUCGAGUGAGUCUAAAUGCUCGUUUCAUCAGUUGAACACAAAAGAAGAAAUUUUGAAAAAUGUUGGGAGUCAUUGGCAUCUAUUGCAAGGAAAAAAAUACUAUGGAAGUCAGUUGCUUAUUUUCAACAUCUUCAAUGUGUAUUUUCACUUGUAUUUAAUAGAAGAAAAAACUUGACAAUUAGCAAACGAUGACAGGAUUUAGAUUUUUGGGUGGCUGUUUCUUUAAAACUUGUCACUGGUUGUUGUGUGUUCAUCACCACUUUAUCACUGAACCAGGAACAACAAGUUCUCGUAUGGAAAUGAUUAUAAAAAGCUGAUGAAAGCAUGAAAGACACAACAGGCUAGUUUGUUAGCAUUUAUCUUGAAAGUCCUGCUAAUAUGUCUCAGAUAACUGCAGAUAUUUAUUAUUUUCUGUUUCCAGUCUGUUUUCAGAAUAUAGAUAAUCAAGAAACACCUUUCUAUUGCUUUUAGUAAUGCCACAGAACAUGGUUGUGUAGCACAAUGGCAUGUUUCGUCCAUUUCAACAAGCGAUGUAGCAGUAUUUUCCCUCAAAAUGUCCAUAAUAUUGCCUUAAUAUGCUAAACUGCACAAGCGUUCUACAUGUCAGCACACUGCCAGGCGUUUAUGUUCUUCAAAAGCUAUGUAUAUAUUUAAUCUGUCCUGUUGAUUUGCAGUUUUCUAGUUGCUUAUUUAUUGGCCUACCCUAAAGUUCAUAUUUUUGUGGUAUCACUUGCAUGUUUGUUUAAUCAGAAUAUAAUGCUAUAUGCCCUUGAUGACAAUUCUCGCACCAGUUCUGCUGAGACUAACUGCAAAAUGAGCUGUGUGUGUCUGUAUUUACACGAUUGCUGCCUUGUCUGUAUUUCCUAUUAUUUUUUGAUUGUCUAUUGAUAACAACAGUGAAAAUUCCCACUAAAGGAAAAACAGAAUCAGAAGCAUUUUAUAGCUUUAAUUGUAUUGUAGAACUUAGAAGGAAUCCUGGAUGGAAGCAAUACAUUUCUCAAGAACCUACAAGGGAAUGUACAAGGUAACCAUGCGUGGUGGAUGUUAUCAUAUGUGAUCGAGCUUCGGUGGAUAAAAGUGUGUUGUUUGUGUACAGUAUGUGGAAGUAGCAGUUUCUCUUUAGUAGACUUUAAUUAGGCUUUAAUUUUAAAGGGAUAGUUCAUGUUAAAAUGAAAAUUAUCACUAUCCUCUACCAUUAGGACACAAACUUAAAUGAUCAUCAAAAAAAAGGAGAUUUGUUUUAUAUUUAGCUUCCAUCAUUGUAAAUGGGUUCACCCAAGAUUCUGACAUUUCAAAAUGUUCAUGAAGAGAUCCAAAAUAAAUAUCUAUUUGAUUCAAGAGGUUAGCAGUCUCCUGAAGAGAUUUGAUUUGGCUUUUAUUGGCAUAUAAAGAUUGAUCAGCGAACAUAAAUGCUUUUCUUACUUGGAGUUUUUGUCUUGUUUCUAGUGCUUUUCUUAAAAUUCUCAAAUCAAGAAACUUUUUCUAGAAACGCAAACACAAAUUUGACUUGUUUUCAGAAGUAAUAGGUUAAAAUUAUGUGAGUUUGUCCUUAGAAACAAGCUAAAUAAUCCUUUUUUUUUUUUUUAAACUCACUUAUUCUUGACUUUUUGAAAAUGACAAUAUUUUUGUUUGCCUAGAAAAUGUUUCUUGAUUUAAGAAUGUUUUGAUUUUUGGACUAGAAACAAUACAAAAAACGGAAGUAAUAAAAGCAUUUUUGCAGCGUUCACAUGCAAGAACAAACUCUAUUGGCUCUCGCUGAAGCUCAAAUGUACCAUGUGACAAUAAUGCUCAUCACUGGUUCUUGCAUGUCAAGCAAAGAUUCUUGAGAUUGUGUGGGUUCUGUAAAUGUUGGUAGCUGAUUAAUAUUUCUGUAUGAAUAGAUUUAUAUUCAAUAGCCAGAUCUGUAUGAAUUUGCUUUUUGAUGUAUUUCUGACUGUUUCCAUCCAGCAGUGUCUUGGGUGAACAGACUUUCAAUGGAGGAACAGAAAUACCUCUGUCUUUUGAAGAUAAACAAAUGUCUUACUGGUUUGGAACAAUGUGAGUUUGACUGAGUUUUCAUUUUGGGGUGAACUAACCAUUUAACAUCAAACCUCUGCUGUACAUGUGAACAAAUAUAGGGGGUUAGCCUUAUAAUGUUAAAAGCUUGCGCUUCUUUCUUAAGUCAUAUUGAUUUAAUCUCAACAUUACAUGUGAAUUAAAAACCUCUCUUCUUUUCUGCAAAUAUUUUUCUUUGAACCAAAUCAGUCCUAACUAGUAAUUCACAAUGGGCAUGGCUGUUACUAUAUGUUUUGUUCCUUUUAUUAUUAUUUAAAAGCAAAGCUCUCAUCCCUCAUAACACUCCCCUAUCUAAAUAUGAUGGUGGCAAACGCCGAACAUGAAUCAUUUGUUAAUCAGGUCUCCUGAUCAGAAUUGUGUUGCCAUACAAUUAGAGAUAAAUACCUGUUUAGCUGCUAUUGUGGCUUUAGCUGUCUGUCAGCGGUAUACAUAAUGCCUCUGAAGGGAUAUUAAUGUACUUUUUAAAUGUGUGUGUGUAAAUAUUUUAUUGAGAGAUGUUAUUGUUAUGGACCUGCAUUGUUAUCUUUUUGAAAUAAAGAAAAUGUACAUUUAUCUUAACUGCCA